AUGGCAAUCGGGAUUAACGCAGUCUCCUUUCGACUCUGCCAUCGAACUGGACUCGCGAUACGAAUCAAAAUUUGUCUGCAGUCGUAUGUAUUCCAAUUCGAAUCAAUUUUACAACGCUUCGAGUGCCGCUCCAUAAGUCAACAGAUUGAAUUAAAACGAAAGAGACAAGGACGACGAGAUGCAGCGGACUUGUUGUGUUGGCGUAUUCACCGUGCUGCUGCUGCUGCUGCAAUCAACUUCCUCGCAAGUUUUUGAUAUAGAACAAAACACGCGGCAAACAGGUGACGCGGUCCAAGUUCACAAGAGGAAGCUUAACCACCGUCCAGACCGGAAGGAAGAUAGAUCGGGACACCGCAAAGUACUUUUCUAUGAAUGGUCUGCAGGCGGAGAUAAACCGACAAAGCGUAUACGUCAUGCCUAUUUUGACAAUAUCGAUUGUACAACACCGUCAGGAGAGGGUGGAACGUGCAUCAACAUAAGGAGAUGUCAAAGUCUGUUGGAUAUCCUCCUCACGCAGGGAAAUGCUGCGGGAAAUUAUUUGCGUAGCUCUGUGUGCGGAUUCGAAGGACUCGAUCCCAGAGUUUGCUGUCCAUCGGGAUCACAAUCAAUGACUUCUGCACCACUCACUACACCUAUGGCUGGAAGACAGGUGGCAUCUUAUGGACCAUUGUAUCCGAAUGAGUGCGGCCUCAGCAAUGCCACAUACACUCGAGUUGUUGGCGGAAUUCCAGCGAAAUUGGGUGCUUGGCCGUGGAUAGUGGCUCUUGGAUACAAGGCGACAAGAGCCGGUAAUCCCCCGAAAUGGUUGUGUGGCGGUACUUUGGUUUCAUCCCGUCACAUUAUUACCGCUGGUCACUGUGUUUUCAACCGUAAGGAUUUGUACCUUGUACGACUUGGCGACUUAGAUUUGGUCAGCGAUAAUGACGGAGCAAAUCCGAUCGACAUACCUAUCGAAAAAAUCACCAUACAUCCCGAUUACGACCCCUCUCAUUACACGAAUGACAUAGCCGUAAUAAGGAUGGAAAGGAACGUACCGUUUUCACAAAACAUUCAUCCGAUUUGUUUGCCACUUGAGGACAACAUUCGACAGAGGAAUUUCACCAGAAUGUUUCCAUUCGUUGCUGGAUGGGGAGCGGUGUAUUUCAACGGACCAUCAAGUACUCGAUUACUGCAGCUGCAGAUACCCGUCGUGUCACCUGAGGCGUGUGCAAAGGCUUUUGAGCCAUUCAAAAGUACAGUAAUAGACGAUCGAGUAUUGUGCGCGGGUUUUGCUCGUGGAGGAAAAGACGCCUGUCAAGGAGAUAGCGGUGGUCCAUUGAUGUUUCCUCUGGGCAGGAUCUCCUAUUUGAUUGGCGUCGUUUCAUACGGGCAUAAAUGCGCGGAACCCGGUUUUCCCGGUGUUUAUACUCGGGUUACAUCGUUUUUGGACUUCAUUCAGGCCAACUUAGUCUAAACUAAAAUGUUAAAUAGUAUAUACGGUGAUAAAAUUCAAAUCUGAAGAGACUUCUCCUAUACUGCACGUAAUAUUGUGAGAAUUAUUAACCGAUCUGCCUAAUUUUGAUUUAUGAAAGUGAUAUAUAAUAUACAUAUAAUACAAGUAUAGUUUAGUAAUAUAUAUAUAUAUAUGUUUUGUAACGUAUUUAAUAUUUUAUACAUGACAAUUGAACAAUAUAUGAGCCAAAAAGCAAAACAUAUACAAUAAUAUUAACUGAAUUGAGA